UCCUGCUUCAGCUCCAGUGGGUGAUGGCGGGGCUCCAUCUCUCCACAUCUUAACAUGUUACAGACUCAUUUCUUCUUUUCUCCAUGGGUUGAAAUCGUUUCCGCCACCUAUAAACAUUAGGACGAACGUGUAAUAAUAUUCUUUCGAACUAGUUUGCGGUAAACGCGAGUGGAAAGGGUCGGAUCCGUGGCCGUUCAUCGCUACCGUUGUAUUUUAAAAUGGCUCCAGUUCAAAUCGGUUCGGACGGGCAGCUGGUCCCCGCCGGGGGUCCGACCUCAGCCCCUCAGCCUCCGCCGGGAGCCCCGGCCACUCAAGGAGUCCGGCUGAGCCUCCUGAUCGAGUUUCUGCUGCAGCGAACCUACCAUGAGAUCACUCUCCUGGCUGAACUACUUCCUCGAAAAACAGACAUGGAAAGGAAAAUUGAAAUCGUUCAGUUUGCCAGUCGGACACGGCAGCUCUUUGUACGUCUGCUUGCUCUUGUGAAAUGGGCAAGUAAUGCUGGGAAGGUGGAGAAAUGUGCGAUGAUCUCAUCAUUUCUGGAUCAACAAGCCUAUUUAUUUGUUGACACGGCUGACCGACUGGCAUCACUGGCCAGGGACGCUUUGGUGCAUGCACGUUUGCCUAGUUUUGCCAUCCCUUUCGCCAUUGAUGUACUGACCACAGGGUCUUACCCACGUCUGCCCACAUGUAUCCGAGACAAAAUUAUUCCUCCCGACCCUAUAACCAAAGCAGAGAAGCAGACCACGCUAAAUCAGCUGAAUCAAAUCUUGCGACACAGACUAGUCACCACUGACUUGCCCCCACAACUGGCAAACUUAACUGUGGCCAAUGGGCGAGUAAAAUUUCGAGUUGAGGGGGAAUUUGAAGCCACACUGACAGUGAUGGGGGAUGAUCCUGAUAUCCCUUGGAGACUUCUUAAACUAGAGAUUCUAGUUGAAGACAAGGAAACUGGAGAUGGACGGGCAUUGGUACACAGCAUGCAGGUGAAUUAUAUCCACGAGUUGGUGCAGUCUCGACUGUUUGGAGAUGACAAGCCUCUUCAGGACAUGUACAACUGCCUCCACUCAUUUUGCCUAUCACUGCAGCUGGAGGUGUUGCACUCUCAAACUCUGAUGUUGAUCAGAGAACGGUGGGGUGAUCUAGUGCAGGUGGAGCGCUACGUCCCUGCCAAGUGCUUCACGUUGUCUGUCUGGAAUCAACAGGUCCUGGGUAGAAAGACUGGCACAGCAUCUGUGCACAAGGUCACCAUCAGAAUUGAUAAGACAGAUGGAUCCAAGCCAUUACAGAUCUCCCAUGAGCCUCCACUCCCUGCCUGCGAUUCCAGAUUAAUGGAAAGAGCCAUGAAGAUUGAUCAUCUCUCGGUUGAAAAGCUUUUGAUCGAUAGUGUACAUGCCCGCUCGAAUCAGAAACUGCAAGAACUCAAAGCCAUCCUAAAAAGUAGUAACCCUAGUGAUAACUCCUUCAUAGAGACUGCACUGCCCACACUAGUCAUACCAAUACUGGAGCCCUGUGGCCGAUCUGAGUGCCUCCACAUAUUUGUCGAUUUGCAUUCGGGAAUGUUUCAGCCAAUGCUUUAUGGAGUCGAUCAGUCAAUGUUGGACGAUGUUGAGAAGAAUAUUAACGAUGACAUGAAGCGCAUCGUCACAUGGUUACAACAGCUAAAAUUCUGGUUGGGCGAGCAGAGAUGUCGACAGUCUGUGAAACAUCUUCCCACACUGUGCACAGACACUCUCCACCUAUCUAACUUAACCACGCAUCCUGUGGGCAACCUGUCAAAACAUCGCCUCUUCAUCAAACUCACCCGCCUCCCACAAUACUAUAUUGUGGUCGAGAUGUUUGAUGUGUCCAACAAUCCAACAGAGCUCUUGUAUAAGUACUACUUCCUGUCUGUGAGUCAGAUUGAGAGUGAGGAUGCACUGCCUUCUGCUCAGCUGCUGCAGCAGUUUAAGCCCAACCUGGAGGAGCUUGUGCAGGACAUUUCAUCUGGACGAAUGGCUCGUCCUGGGGCCAAGAGGAAGUUGUCAGGAGAGCAAAGUGCCAUUGAACCAAAGAAACCCAAGAGGUCAGGAGAGAUGUGUGCCUUCAAUAAGGAGCUGGCCCACCUGGUGGCCAUGUGUGACACCAACAUGCCUCUCAUCGGAUUACGCUGUGAGUUGUCCAAUAUGGAGAUUCCUCAUCAAGGGGUUCAGGUCGAAGGAGAUGGCUGUAGCCAUGCCAUACGUAUUCUGAAAGUUCCACAUUGUAAGGGAGUGAGUAAGGAAACGAGAAAAGCUCUGGAGCGCUCCCUGCUGGACUGUACGUUCAGACUACAGGGCCGGAAUAAUCGCACAUGGGUGGCGGAUUUAGUUUUCUCCAGUUGUCCACUCAACAGCACAGCCAACAAAGAGCAAGCUUCCACGCGGCAUGUCUACCUGACUUAUGAGAAUCCUCUUUCGGAGCCGGUGGGUGGCAGGAAGGUGGUGGAGAUGUUCCUGAACGACUGGAACAGCAUUAGUCAGCUUUAUGAAUGUGUGCUGGAGUUCUCACGCGCUUUACCUGAAAUUUCCUCCUAUUUGAGCCUUUUCUCAGAGAUACGGCUGUACAAUUACCGAAAGCUGGUUCUGUGCUAUGGCAACACCAAAGGCAGCUCGGUGACGAUACAGUGGAACUCAGUAACCCAGCGUUACCAUCUGGCCCUGGGGACUGUGGGGCCCAAUUCAGGCUGUAGCAACUGUCACAACAUAAUUCUCCACCAACUUCAAGAAAUGUUCAACAAGACACCCAAUGUAGUACAACUUCUACAGGUCCUCUCAGACACUCAAGCUCCUCUAAAUGCCAUCAACAAACUACCCACAGUGCCUAUGCUGGGUCUCACCCAAAGGACCAAUACGGCAUACCAGUGCUUCUCCAUCCUGCCUCAGUCACCCACUCACAUCCGUCUGGCCUUCCGCAACAUGUACUGCAUUGACAUCUACUGCCGUAGCAGAGGUGUAGUGGCUAUCCGUGAUGGGGCCUAUAGUCUUUUUGACAAUACCAAGAUAGUUGAAGGUUUCUAUCCUGCCCCUGGACUGAAGACUUUCUUGAACAUGUUUGUGGAUAAUAACCAAGACGCCCGCAGACGCUCGGUCAACGAGGACGACAACCCUCCCUCCCCGACAAGCAUGGAUGACACCUUCAUGCCCCACCCCCAGACGCAGCCUCCAGGCAGAGGGGUUUAUCCACCCCUCACAUCGCCCCCCAACCCGUACCAUCACCGAACUCUUGACCCCAGUUCACCAUACACGAUGGUGUCCGCCAGCCCAAGGGUUGGGCCAUGGCCAGGUUCUCCGCAGGUCUCUGGACCCUCUCCCGGGGCACGAAUCCCUGGCAUGUCACCAGGCAACCCUUCUUUGCACUCACCUAUUCCAGACCCAUCCCACUCUCCUCGAGCUGGUACCAGUUCACAGGCAAUGCCUCCACCCCGUAAACUGCCACAGCGGUCCUGGGCCGCUUCUAUUCCCACCAUCCUCACCCACAGCAAACUACAUGUGUUGCUUCUGCCUUCACCCAUGCCAUGCCCAGUGCCAGGGCUGGCGGGCAGCUACCUGUGCUCACCUCUGGAGCGCUUCCUGGGUUCUGUCAUCAUGAGACGCCACCUACAGAGAAUUAUACAGUUAGAACCCAAUCUUACUAUUGUGAACUCCAACGAACCAGGCGUCAUCAUGUUUAAGACAGAAGUGCUUAAAUGUAGAGUGGCUCUAAACCCCAAAACCUACCAGACUCUGCAGCUGAAAGUCACACCAGAAAACACUGGACCCUGGUCGCAGGAGGAGCUGCAGGUCCUGGAGAAGUUCUUUGAGACCAGGGUUGCAGGACCACCCUUUAAAUACAACACACUAAAUGCCUUCACAAAGCUGUUGGGAGCUCCCACCAACAUACUCAGAGACUGUGUUCGCAUCAUGAAACUGGAGUUGUUCCCAGACCAAGCGGCCCAGCUGAAUUGGAAUGUGCAGUUCUGUCUGACCAUCCCACCCAGCGCUCCUCCCAUUGCCCCACCAGGAACCAUUGCUGUGGUGCUUAAGACCAAGAUGCUCUUUUUUCUCCAGCUGACCCAGAGGCUACCGGUACCGCAGGAGCCCAUCAGCAUCAUAGUGCCUAUUGUGUAUGACAUGGCUACUGGACUGACCCAGCAGGCUGAUAUCCCCCGCCAGCACAGCUCUUCGGGAGCCGCGGCCCUGAUGGUCAGCUCCAUCCUCAGGAGGUUCAAUGAGCACCAUCCACCACGACAAGGAGAGUGCACAAUAUUUGCAGCGGUUCAUGAGCUCAUGGCUAAUCUCACGCUGAAUCCUGGUGGACGGCCAUAACUUGGUGUCUCUUAGGAAACUUCACCAGACUGAUCAGUAAAUCAAUUCAGCUCUAACUCAAGGGAAAUUCAGGUUUUCUGCUGCAGCCAAUGGACUCUUCUGCUGGUGUAUCAUAUUGUCACAAAAAGGAGCAGAAAUAUGAUGGAACUUAUUGCUGUUUUGUGUUAUGAAGCAUGUAAAUGAAUAAUUGUGACAAAAGCAGGACUUCUUUUUUAAAAUAGCUUGGCAAAGUUCUGCUAACGGAUUUGUUUUUUUCAGAUGCACUUCUUGAGGAAAUGAUUGUGAUAGAAAAAAUGUUUAACUACAGCUGUAUUUUUUUUUUAUUUGAAACUUUGCAGAAAAAUUAUUGUCUGUUUUUUGUAAUACAAGAUAUCAGUACUGUGUAAGUAUUGUUUUCUUUAUCAG